AUGCAUGAUCCGUCCCGUUCGUUCCGUCUAUACUCGUUGCGUACGUCCUCUUUAGGAGAUUCUGGUGCUGCUGAGGUUGAGACGUCUCAAGAACCCGCAUUACCCUCCCCGCAUCACCGUCCCCGCAUCACCUUCCCCGCAUCACCCUCCCCGCAUCACCCUCCCCGCAUCACCUUCCCCGCAUCACCCUCCCCGCAUCACCCUCCCCGCAUCACCUUCCCCGCAUCACCCUCCCCGCAUCACCGUCCCCGCAUCACCCUCCCCGCAUCACCCUCCCCGCAUCACCCUCCCCGCAUCACCCUCCCCGCAUCACCCUCCCCGCAUCCCACUCCCCGUCUCCCUGUGCGACUCUCCCCGCAGCUGGCGUUGUUGGAAGAGACAGCUGGCGGCGCUGGAGGAGAGUCUGGUGCUGCUGCGGGGUCGCUGUUGCCUGCUCGCAUCUCUGAUGCCCCUCGCUCCCUGCAUUCCGUUUGGUCCCCCAACGUUCCUCGCCCUUGCGUAACCCUCCCUGAAUCUCUCUCCCCGCAGCUGGCGUCGUUGGAGGAGAGUCUCGAGCUGCUGAGGGACCGCUGCUGCCAGCUCGCUCGCAGCUGCAACGACUUCGCGGCAUCCCUGGGCGAGUCGUUCGAGGCAGAGAGCGCCUUCGUGCACGCCAUGGAGCGCUUCUUUGGUGCGCCCGAGGAUGCUGUCAGCAUCGCCACAGGCGGUCCUGUGCUGGGGCAGUUCGUGAUGACGCUGCGUGACCUCACCAUAUUUAAGGAGACGCUCAAAUCACAGAUGGAGCAUGUGCUGCAUGACAGAAUCACCAACUUCGUGGAGAACGAUCUCAACAACCUCAAGGAGGUGCGGCGGCGCUACGACAAGGCUGGACGGCAGUAUGACCAGAUGCGGGAGCGCUUCCUGUCGCUCAAGAAGGGCAUCAAGGCUGAAGUGGCGGCAGAGGCCGACGAGGACCUGCAAACGGCUCGCAUGCAGUUUGAGCAGGCGCGCUUCAACCUUAUGACAGCGCUGAGCAGUGCAGAGGCGAAGAAGAAGCACGUGUUCCUCGAGUCCAUCGGCUCUGCUGUGCACGCCCACCUGCGCUACUUCAAACAGGGCUACGAGCUGCUGCAAGCAGUGGAGCCGUACAUCCAUCAGGUGAUUCUCCAGGGUGCUGUGUCAGGUCAAGGGGCGGAUUGUUUGGCUCAUGUUCGGGUGCCCAUCCGCCCUCACACGUAUCUUCAGGCUCUCCCAUUGCCUCCGCAUGCUCUAAUGCACGGCCAGCCGAUACUAAUCCUCUCAAUUCCACCACGCCUCUCCCGUUCUCGCAGGUCCUCACCCGGGGCAAUGCUACCAUGCACGUCCCCACAUUCCAAUCUUCACUCCUUGCCUCAACCCUCCUCUCCUCUCCUUCCCUCCCUCGACCUCUCCACCCUCUGCUGCCUCUCACUCUCUCAGCCGAAGCUAGCAGAGCGCAUCUACCAGUUCCGCCGUACCCCAGGAAGAGGAGAGUGUGUGCCUGAGUCUCUGUGUGCGUGUGUCUCCGUGUGUGUGUCUCUGUGCGUGUGUCUCCGUGUGUGUGUCUCUGUGCGUGUGUCUCCGUGUGGCCGCGGGCCGUAUAGGCCAUCAGGAGGAGUGACUUCGAGCAGUGUGGAGCAGAUGAUGAGGGCUGGUGCAGGCGGGCAGAAGAAGGUGCAGGUGAUCAAGCAGGGGUACCUGGUGAGGCGCACUGCUGCUGCCCGCUCGCGCCACUUCUUUGUCCUCGAUUCAAGGGGCUCCCUUUACUAUCACAAGGAUGCUCAGAAUGCCCGCUCCGACACGCUCUCCUCGCUCUUCUCCCUUGUCCGCGCUCGCACCACCGACGCCACCCCUCCCGCCCCGCCGCCCGCCAACCCCAUGGCCCAGCACUACCGCCCACUCGGCCUGGGCGGCAGGGGCGGCAGCGGGCACGGGGAAGAGGGGGGAGACGACCAUAGCACAGACGCAAUGGGCAUGGGGGGAAUGGGGGCGGGGAUGGGGGGGAUGGGGAUGGGGAUGGGGAUGGGGAUGGGGGAGGAGGAGGAGCGGAACCACGCGCUGCAGUACGAGUCGCUGAACCUGCUGACUGCCACCAUCAAGAUGGACGCUGAUGAGCCCGACCUGCGCUUCUGCUUCCGCCUCGUCACCCCCGACUGCACGCACACACUGCAGGCGGAGAGUGCAGCGGAGCAGAGGGACUGGAUGGAGAAGAUCACAGCGGUCAUUGCCUCGCUGCUCAACUCCCACACCACCGCCCAGCCAGCGCCAUCAGUGGCGGACUUGACCAUUUCCCACCGGGCAGCAUCGCAGGACGGGCAGGCAGCAGCACUGCCCAUAGUGGAGCGACCACUGGAGGUGCUGGGCUAUGUGAGCGGCAACGACCGCUGUGCGGACUGCAGCCGGGCGCACCCCGAUUGGGCGUCGCUCAACCUCUGCGUGCUGCUCUGUAUCGACUGCUCCGGCGUGCACCGCAACCUGGGCGUGCACCGCUCAAAGGUGCGAUCGUUGACACUAGAUGUGAAGGUGUGGACGGCACCGCUGGUGCGGCUGAUGGCCAUAGUGGGCAACGACUUUGCCAACAGCGUGUGGGAGCAGCAGCUCAAGGACGUUCAGGGGGGGAGAGAAGGGAAUGCAGGCUCUUCAGGCCGUGCCCUGACACGAGUGGAGAGCGGGGAGGGCGAGGGAGAGGACUACAUCCUAUUGGCCAACGAUGGAGGGGCGUCAAUGCUCGCUUCAGCAGCAGCAGCACCUGCUGUGGUGCACAAGCCAGCAGACACGGACUCGCUGGCAGUGAAAGAGCAGUACAUUCACUGCAAGUACGUGGCAUGGCGCUUCCUCGCCCCCUCCAACAACACCCCCUCCAACAACACCCCCUCCAACAACACCCCUCCAACAACCCCCCCUCCAACAACACCCCCUCGACUGCGCUGCACCACCUCCGCACAGCAGUCGCCUCAUGCGAUGUGCCAUGUUACCACUCUCGCCUUGCACUGUGAAAUCCCGUUUCCCUUCUAUUUCCCUCUCCCCAUUCCCCCGUUCCAUCCUCCCCCAUGCCACCACCCCACCAUCUUCCAGUAUGUGGAGCGGCGUUACCAAGCGCCCGCCACCGACAACCCCUUGACCGCGCUGCACCACCUGCAAGCAGCUGUUGCCUCCUGUGACGUGCGCUCCGCCUUCCGCCUCCUCGUCACCGCGCCCGUCGACGUCAACGCUGACGUGGUCGGGGUCGUCGCCAGCACGGCGCCAGCUGGACCGGGGACCACAAGAGGCGGUGCGGGGAGAACGGGGCAGAGGCUGCUGCAUGUGGCGUGUGAGAGGGGAGACGAGGCGAUGGUGGAGCUGCUGCUGCUGUGGGGGGCAGUGGUGAAUGUGACCGAUGCUGAGGGCCGGACGCCCAUGCAAGUGGCACUGCAGCAUGGCAACCAUGGAUGCUCCAAGCUGCUUGCUAGCAGGUGUGUAGUGCCUCCAAAGAUGGGACAGACAGUGUUGAUGUAG